AAACGCGGCAACACAGCAAAACCCUUUUCCUUCCACCACAUCCUCGAGCGCUAAGGUCCCCAAACCAUUCUUUUCAGCAAUACAACAGCAGUGACUGAUCAGCAAAGGAGAAUUAUAUCUAAUUACUCAGCUGCGAAGGGAUACGUGGAGUUCGACUGCCCUCCUUAUAAGACCUAAUUUGUUGGAAUUGUUUUGUUUUCUUGUGUUAAUAUGGCGGAUUCCGGUGGAAAUACAGAAUCUGGAGAGGUUUGCAACUUCUUCAGGAAGCCAAAGAAGAAUUUUAGGAAGCGUACUGCUGAAGAGGACGAUGAGGAAUCAAAUUCUGGGAGUGCGGUAUUACCAAGCCAAAGAAAAGCUGCCAAGCCUGAUGGCAAGUUGUUUUUCUCUAGUGGAUCCUCUAAAAGCUCUACGGCUGAUGAUGGGAAAGUAAUCCUCGAGUUUAAGUCUUCAAAAGAAAUACAAGUUGAGCAUGAUAGCAGAGCAACAGCAACUUUGGAGACAGAGACUGAUUUCUCUAGAGACGCCCGGGCAGUUCGCGAGAGAGUUCUUAAGCAGUCAGAGGAGGCCUUGAAGGGAAGCGGGAAAAGCACAGGCGAUGAAAAGUUGUAUAAAGGGAUCCAUGGGUACACGGACCACAAGGCAGGGUUCCGUAGAGAGCUAACGGUGGCCAGCGAGAAAGCAGGAGGUUCCCAUGGGCCUCUCAGGGCUUCUGCCCACAUCAGAGCUUCGACGCGAUUUGAUUAUCAGCCGGAUAUAUGUAAGGAUUACAAAGAGACUGGUUACUGUGGGUAUGGAGAUUCAUGCAAGUUUAUGCAUGAUCGAGGGGACUACAAGUCUGGCUGGCAGAUGGAAAGGGAGUGGGAUGAAGCGGAGAAAGUCAGGAAAAGAAAUUUAGCUUUGCGUGAGGCUGGCGAGGAAGUUGAUGGCGAUGAUGAGGAUGAGGAGGAGGAUGAUGACGAGUUACCCUUUGCAUGUUUCAUCUGCAGACAACCUUUUGUUGAUCCUGUUGUAACCAAGUGCAGCCACUACUUCUGCGAGCACUGUGCACUGAAGCAUCAUUCAAAGAACAAGAAGUGCUUUGUGUGCAACAAGCCAACUCUUGGCAUUUUCAAUACAGCUCAUGAGAUACGCAAGAGGAUUGCUGCGGAGGGGAAGUAACUGCUCUUUUUCCUUUUCCUGUAACUGAAGAAAAGUUCAGUUUUCACUUUUCACUGUAAAAGAUAAAUUUUCUAAUUGCACCAAAACAGUGGCAGACUAGAGAAGAUUUGAAUACUGUCAUUAGUUCAUGGCUCCAUGUACAUUGAUUGUGUGUUUCUGCAAUCGCUUUGAUGAUGAAAUUCAGAGGGUCAAAUAUCAGA